AUGCAGAGCCGAGCUGGCCUCAUUCUUUGUGCUCUGGCCAUGCUGACUGGCUUCUUGAUGAUCUGCCUCGGGUCCUUCUUCAUCUCCUCCAACUCCAUAGUCCAUUGUCAGAGGAACCUGAUUGUGGCAUACUUACUUCUGCCUCUAGGGUUUGUGAUCCUUCUGAGUGGAGUUUUCUGGUGCAUCUACUACCACGUGAGUGAAAGCAAAGAGAUGUUCAGCCAUAUGCUCAGGCGACACCUUGCUCACAGGGACCUGCCCCUGGCCACGGUGGACAGGCCAGACUUUUACCCUCCGGCUUAUGAAGAGAUCCUUGAUGCUGAGAAACAGACCUGUCCUGAAGAGGGAGAGGCCUUGGACAUUCCUCCACCUCUGUACACAGAGAUGGCCCUUGAACUUGAGGAUGAAACUGAUGUUCACCCACAGGCCCCACCAUCCUACCAAGAGUCCAUAGACGACCUGGAGGCCAUAGACGACCUGGAGGCUACAGAAACAUCUCGGGAGGCUGAGAGGCCAAGCCCAGUGUUGAACACAGGGGACACUCACCAGCACUCAGGACACACCUUUGUGGGAAUCAGCUGCUAA